CUUUGCAUAUCUGAGAUUUCUUCCACUACAACGUACAUCAUCGCUUUUCUCUCCCGUGAUUUCCGAUGAGAUAAACCACACUCAUCAACUCUUCAAGUUAUCGAGACAUUUCGGCGCAUCAAGACGCUGCACCUCUGACGUCAUCAUCAACUCGCAGCGCGUGCAGGAGAAACCCCUCCAAAAAUCCCAACAAUCUCACAUCGCUUCAACAGAACCCUGAUCGUAAACAUCUCUUCGCGAUGUCUGAGCAAAGCGCACCAGCGGCAGUGGAUCCGGUGUCGAUGCCGCGGUAUUUUCGGAACGAUGCCGAUCUCACACGACGAGAUCCUCACAAGCAGCUGCUAGCUUCACUGAAUCGCCUGAUCACCGACUACCCUCCUCAUAAAAUCCCGCCCGGUGGUGGCCUUUACUAUGGGCCGAUAUCCGUCGCCUACCUUUUCUAUGCACUGCACAAUAUAUACCCCGACCUUCUCCUCGAUGACUAUCCCAUGAACACCUGGUCUGCAGCAUAUAUCGAACAAGCCCAGGCUCACAUCAAAGACUACAAAGGCCCGUCUCCAAGUAAAUGCGGUGUGAGUGAUGAUAUAAUGUCUCUUCUCGCACUGUACGCCGUGACUGCAAAGGACCCCGACACUGUGAAGGAGCUAUGUGAUUUCGCCGCCGUGGCCAUUGAUCCAAAUGCGUCUAACGAAUGGCUCUAUGGUCGGGCUGGAUUCUUGUAUCUCUUGCGAUUUGUUCGUGGAGCAUUCGCGUCCAAUAAGGAGAUCACAGAGCUGAUCGAAGACACAACCGAUGAAGUCAUCGACGAUAUCAUGGCGAGCUCCCGCCCAUGGAAAUGGAAGGGAAAAGCUUAUGUUGGUGCUGUUCAUGGCGCAAUCGGCAUCAUAACUCAGAUCGUCCUAACGGAUGCGUCUUGGGCUCCCAAACUCGAGGCAGAACUGGGAGCGCUUCUCAGUUAUCAAUACGAAGGCGGCAAUUUCCCUUCGUCACUUCCGCCGGGCCGUGAUCGUCUGGUGCAAUUUUGCCAUGGGGCUCCAGGUGUUGUCUCUUCACUGCUAUCCAUCAGGAGAUACUUUCCUGCUCUGGAAGACCGCAUCGAUAGGGUUAUUUCCAAAGGAAGGGAAUGCAUUUGGGACAGAGGGUUGUUGACCAAGGAGCCGUGCCUCUGUCACGGGAUCAGCGGCAACGCCUUAGCCCUCGACGGAGAGCAAUUUGAGCACUUUCUGACAUAUACCACGGGGCAUGAGAUCAAGCUUAUGGGCAAAGAUGGUAUGCUUCAAAAAUCCAACGACCCUUCGGCGCUGUGGUGUGGCGAAGCAGGCAGAGCGUGGGCAUGGGCAGUUGCCGAUAAGGGAUUGGAGAAGCGAUUUCUGGGUUACAACGACAUUUGAUAAUAUUGAGCGGAUGUGUUACACGAGAGAGCUUCUUUGAUCCACUGAGACGACUUGUAUGAUGUUACGACCGACGCUUGUGAAUACUGAGUACUUCAUUUGAUUUGAAAUCAUGAUUCACAACAUCAGUCGUUCAGUGGCUAGUAACCAUUGCGCAGGCCUGCUGUGCAAUAUUUUAGCUUUCAAUCUUACCCUUUUAGUCAUACUGAAAUCACUCAUCAAGCCUAUGUUUGACCUCUAGUGUCCGCGGCGCACGCCAUUCCGGAUCUUUGCUUCAUCCCUUUCGUAUGUUUGUCACCUGUCAACCCACGCAGUAUGAAGAUUCAUGCAACGGUACCGAGGAGUCGUUCGCCACAUGGGAAAUCGCAUGCUGGGUGUAUAUGCCCUUUUGGUUGGUUUCGUGUAUCAUCAACUGCCCGUGAACUUUGCAGUGCAUAUGAACAAUUGAUGAAACAUACAUGAUGACCCGCUUUUGUGACAAACGCGAGUAUACUCCAAAGCAACCGCUCGGAUUAUGUGUGAAUUCGUCUUAACGUAUACAUGUAUAACGUACUGUGCAGAACAGAUUCAGAAUGGAAGGUAAAUGUCUUACUUGCUAUCAAAUUGAUCUCUCUCGCCUCAGGAUCAGCAGCAAGCCACGCAGAAACAAGCCAACAAGUUGUACCCACGUCACCAUCACUCGAUCCAUCUCUCUACGCUGGAUGUGUUUAGUUACUUCCCAAUUUUCUCAAGUGGAUUUGAAUGUCGGUGUGCGACAUUGCUAUUCGAUCGAGGCGUAUUGAGUGGUUUCUUUGUCUGCCCUCGACUUGGUCUACAUGCAUCUCCAAAUAGCCUGCCACUCUCAGACAAGGUCGCUGCAAGCCGAUAACGUGCCUUCCCUUUUGAACUCUUCCAUUUUUCUUCUAUUCAUAGAUAUAUCGGCAAUGCGGAGAUCUCCUGCAAUCUGUUUGGUUUGUGUAAAUUGGAGAAGAGUGGUAUAUAAGCCACAUCAGUUUUCUUGCCCCCU